AUGUUUUCAACUCUUCAAGAGUAUCAUCAAGCAAUCAUCUCAGCAGCAUGGAUGAUCAUCCUAUCCCUCAUCCCGCAGGACCUAGUGCGGGCUGGAGCCAUCUUCCUCGGCUUUCUUAUAUGCAUGCACGCCAUGCGCCCACAAACCCUCAUGAAAACGCUUGAAUUUCGGCUCUCAUCCUUGGAGGAAAAAUUGCAGUAUGCCGUCGAUAGUGGAAUUAUGCGUCAAUCGGAUGCAAGUUUCACUAAUCAAUUCACGAAGGACAUAGGAAGAACCCGCUACAUGAUCUAUGAGCUCUACGAAAGGACGCUUAUUGCGUCCGGCGGAAUUUUUCAGGAGGUAAAGGCCGUUUGGGAGGGUCUCUCAUUCGAGAUUAAUGAGUGCAUUCGGGAUGUUGACGCCCUAGAAAGAGACCUGGAAAUAAACCGCGCAAAAAUUCUGAAGAACCACUAUCAUUCGUGGAAGUGA